CAGAAGAUGGAGGCCACCUUCCUUCUGGGGCUCACCUGCCUUUGCUCCCCUCUGGCUGCUCUGGUCCUUGACUUCAAUACCAUCCGGGGCUCGUCCGAGGUGUCCAGUUCCAGGAAGAGCACCCAAUGCUUGACCGACAAAGACUGCUGGGGGGGCAAAUAUUGCUACAAGCCCCCCGAGGAACAGCUGCCCUUCUGUGCUCCCUGCCAGGGUUUGCGGAGGAGGUGCCAGGGGAACGGGGUCUGCUGCCCGGGGACCCUCUGCAUCAAUGAAGUGUGUGCCCAGGCCGAGGAGCAGAGAGACCGGCGGCCACGACCAGCUCAGGCCGGGCCUGCCUGGAAGGAGGGGACUCGGCCGAGGCCGCGCAGCCCAGCUGGCACGGGGGAGCGCUGCCUCCGCACCUCCGACUGCGCCCAAGGCCACUGCUGCGCCCGCCACUUCUGGGCCAAGAUCUGCAAGCCGGUCCUCCUGGAAGGGGCCGUGUGUUCCGGGCGAGGGCAGAAGGACGGCGGGGCGCCAGGCCCUGAAAUCUUCCAGCGUUGCGGCUGCGCACCCGGCCUGGUUUGCCAACGGCCCCUCCGGGGCGCCCCGCAGAGAGCCCGGCUGCGCGUCUGCCGCGCCAACUGAGGCGGUUCUGAGCCUGGAAGAGGGCCGGAGCGGAGGGAAGCCGGAGCGGAGCGGGGGCGCCUGGAU